CAAUUAUUAAUUACUCUCAACAACUUCCGCAAUAUUCUUAAUUAUUAUUUACAUUUUUAUUUUAUUUAUUUUAAUAUCUACAACUAGUAAUAGUGCAAUCACUAAUUAUCAAGUCUCUCUCCAUCAUCUUCCUCUCCCAUCACCCUUGGUUUUAAUUUUCUCUGCAAGUUCUCCAGUCUCCAUGUUAUUCAGAAAACUGUCUCUGGUCCCAAUUCCAUGGAGAAAUCACCACCAUUUUCACAAAGGAAACAACUCCUCCAAAACUAAAGAAACACAGUUUUUUCACUCAACCUUCAGAUACAAUCUUCUUAUUCUGCUCUUGCUUUCUUCCUGCUGGUUUCUUUUUCUCAUUAGCUUUUUCUUUUCCUCUACUAACACUCACCUGCCUUUCCCUAAUGCAACUACAAAAGAAUUGUCGCCGAUUACUUGCCCUGGAAAUCUCUCACUCUAUGUAUAUCAACUGCCGCCGGAAUUCAACGUGGGUCUCCUCCGCAACUGCUCCCACCUCAACAUUUACACAAACAUGUGUCCCCAUGUCUCCAACAACGGCCUUGGCCAGCCGAUUUCAACCACCGGCACCUGGUUCGCUACCCACCAGUUUCUUGCCGAGAUGAUCUUCCAUGCCCGAAUCGAGAACCACCCAUGUCGGACUUGGGAUCCUAACCUUGCCAAUCUCUUCUACGUCCCCUUUUAUGGCGGUCUCCAUUCAUCCAGCAAGUUCCGCGAAGCUAAUCACACGGCACGGGAUGAAUUAGCCGUUAGAUUAGUGGAGUAUAUCAAAAUCCAGCCGUGGUGGCAAAGGCAUCAUGGGUAUGACCAUUUUUUAGCCCUGGGGAGAACCGCAUGGGAUUUCAUGAGGAUCACCAAUGGUGGGCCCGACUUCGGAGCCAACUGCCUCCUUAAUCUCCCACCUGUCAAGAACAUGUCGGUGCUGACCGUAGAGAGACACCCAUGGCAAGGAGUCAAUCAAUACGGCGUGCCGUAUCCUUCCUAUUUCCACCCAUCAAAUGUGGUUCAGAUGCGCACGUGGCAGCAGAAAAUGAUUCGAUCAGAGAGGAAACACCUUUUCUCCUUCGUUGGAGGACCACGUAAGGGGGUGGAAAAAGCCGCCGUGCGUGACGAGCUAAUAAGACAAUGCAAGGAGUCAACUCGGUGCUUCCUCGUGAAAUGCGGCGGCGGUGGAGGUAAAUGCCAUGAACCUUUCAAGGUGCUUAAAGUGUUGAGUCGGUCUCAGUUUUGCUUACAAGCCCCAGGUGACUCAUUCACCAGAAGGUCAACGUUCGACUCUGUGCUAGCGGGUUGCAUACCGGUGUUCUUCUCGCCACACACGGCGUACACGCAGUACAGUUGGUAUUUUCCGGCGAAUGGAAGUGAUUAUUCAGUUUAUAUAGAUUUAGAUGGGGAGAAGGGGAAUGUGAAGAAGAGCAUAGAAGAAGAGCUAUCGAAGAUAUCAAGCGAUAGAGUAGAGAAAAUGCGUAGAAAAAUAAUGGAGAUAAUGCCGAGUAUAACAUAUGCACAUCCGAAUUCUAGCGAUGUUGGGUUCGGAGACGCCGUUGAUGUUGCACUGGAAGCGCUCCUCAAGAACGCUGGCUCCAAGUUAGGAUUUUUAUGAACAUUAAUUUGAUAUGAAAAAUAACGCCGAAUACAGGAGAUGUUGAGAGAUUCUGAAUUCCAAGGAAAAAGGAAACUUCAGAAUACUUAUGUAUGGUAUUUAAGUGGAUAAUUGGGAUGUUAAUUGUUACUCCCUGUACAAAAUUGGUUAAAAUUUAAUAUAUUGCAUUUUAUAUGAA